UUCUGUCAUUGCCAUAACCUCAGUUUUGGUCAUGCUGGAUUUUUAUGUUGUAAAUUUCAUUAUAGAAAAAGCAUAUUAAAUAUAAAAAUGACUCGAUUUGCCCGAGCAAAGGGCUCAAAGGCAUCAAAUGAGAGAUUACCUGAGGAAGCGACACCAUGGAGUGAAAUGAAACAACAGUUAUUAGAAAAAAAUAAGGAAAUAGAACAAAGUAAAAAGAAACAGGCAUUCCUUAAUCAAAGAAACGCGAAUUAUAAAGCUUUCUUGGAAGAAAAGACCGAAGAUGAAAUGAAAAAAUCACAAUGGGCAGAAUUUUCAUCAGAAAACAUUACGAAAAACGGUUUGUUAACCAAAAAUAAUAAGAAUGAUUUUGAUACUGAAAUUGGUAUUGAAGAAUCGGAGGAUGAAGCCUUUACUUCAUUAAAAGCUAAAGUAGAUGAAGUUUUAAAAAAAUCAGAAAACAAAACUAGAAACAAUGAUGGAGAUGAUAGUGACUCUGCUCCUGAAGAACAUAGCUCAAAAGUACAGAUUUCUAAUCCAAAAAUUAAAAAGCCCAAAAUUAAAAAAAUGCCAAUUAAUAUUAAGGAAGGUUCUGAAAGUAAACAAAGUCACCAAGAAAAACAGAAAAAGAAGAAGCUUGCUGGAGAGAAAGUGAUUAACAAAAAUGACUCAAAUGAUGGCAUUGAAAACUUAAAAAAGAAAUUAAAUCAAAAACCAAAUCAGGACAAUACAGAGAAAAACAUAAAGAAGAGAAAACUUAAUGAAGAUAGUAAUGAUCAAUCAAAAUCAAAAAAAAUUAAGAAAGACAAAACAAAUAUAAAGGUUAAACAAAAACCAAAAGAGAAGAUACCGAAAGAAGAUCUUACUGAGGCUGAUUUAAAAAAGAUUGAAAAGAAAAAGCAAAAAAGAAUAAAGCAGCUCGAAAAAAAGAAACUAGCAAAGAUUGAAAAAAGAAAACAAAAAGAGGAAGAGGAGAAAAGGAAAUUAGAAAAUGGAGAACAAAUUGAAUCAACUGGAGAUCAAGUUAUUAAUGCACCUAUAGAAAUUAACAAUAAAAUAAAACAAGGAAAAUUUGAUGAGUCAGGCACAUUUGAGAAGAAAGGUAAAUUUCAAGCUACCAAAAAUAGAUUUGAAAAAUUUGACAAUGCUAAGGGUAAAAAAGAAAGAGAUAACAAAGAACAUCAAAGAAGGAAACCUUUUAUGCCCACAAAAAUGAUAAUAAAUGGAAAAGAAGUUGAUGUUGAUUAUGUAGAUGGCUUUCCUGUCAAAAAAGAAGAUGCACAGAGAUUAAAGAAACUGAGAAAAGAAAUGAUAAGCAAGGGAUUGCCUAGAAGUGAAAUCAAUGUGUCUUUGAAACUGGAAAGAAGGAAAGCUGAGAAAGCUUUUGCCAGAGAAAAGAAAAAAGUAUGUUUCAACUGUAGAACAUCUGGUCAUAAUCUCUCUGAGUGUCCAGAAUUGGGCAAAGACCAAGUAGCUACCCAUAUUAGCUCAGGCAUUUGCUUCAAAUGCGGCUCCACUGAGCAUACACAUUUCGAAUGUAAAGUAGUAAGAGGACAAGAAUUUAAAUUUGCACAAUGUUUUAUUUGCAAUGAACAAGGACACAUUGCUAGACAGUGUCCUGAUAAUCAAAGAGGACUGUAUCCCAAAGGUGGUGCUUGUAGAGUCUGUGGAGAUGUUACUCAUCUGAAAAAGGACUGUCCUAAAUAUCAAGCUGAACAACAGCAGAUACAAAAUAGUCUUAGUAUUGAAACUAUUGGUGAUAGUAAUCCAGAUGUUUUAGAUGACAAAAAUCAAUUCAAAACGAAUAAUAGUUUAGGAAAUAGAAGACCUAAUAAGAUUGUAAAGUUUUAAAUAUUCAUAGAAAUAUAUUGUUGACAAUAAAUGGAG